AUGACCUUGAUAGAAUCAAGGGAGGAACUGGAUGAGGCCAGUCCGUUCUACCUUGUAAUGAGCUUACGUACGUUAGGGAAAAAUGUUUCUUAUGUUUUAGUCUCUCAAGUCUCAUCAUUGACUUCUAGUUUUCCUCAUAUUGCUCUCCAUUAUUUAUGUUUACAGAGUUACAAUCGGGAUCUUUUUCUGUUCCUCUACUUUCUUCUCAUCAUAGUGUCAGCAAUUACCUCUUUCAAGAUACAUCAUGAUAAGUCGCCAUUCUCUGGGAAAGCCAUACUUUAUCUUAACAGACAUCAAACCGAGGAGUGGAAAGGCUGGAUGCAGGUAUUGUUUCUAAUGUACCAUUACUUCGCUGCAACAGAAAUCUACAAUGCCAUACGUAUUUUUAUUGCUGCAUAUGUCUGGAUGACUGGGUUUGGCAACUUCUCUUAUUAUUACAUCCGCAAAGAUUUCAGCCUUGCAAGGUUUGCUCAGAUGAUGUGGCGGCUCAACUUUUUAGUGUUAUUUUGUUGUGUUGUUCUUAACAACAGCUAUAUGCUAUACUACAUAUGCCCCAUGCAUACCCUUUUCACCCUCAUGGUUUAUGGGGCACUUGGUCUUUUCAACAAAUACAACGACAAUGGAACGGUCAUUGCUGCAAAAUUUCUAGCUUGCUUUUUGGCAGUUAUUCUGAUAUGGGAAGUACCGGGAGUGUUUGAGUUUUUAUGGGCUCCAUUCACUUUUCUUGUUGGAUACACCGAUCCAGCAAAGCCCAACAUCCCUGUUAUGCACGAAUGGCAUUUCCGGUCUGGCCUUGACCGGUACAUAUGGAUUAUAGGAAUGCUGUAUGCUUACUAUCACCCAACAGUUGAGAGGUGGAUGGAAAAGCUGGAGGAAGCAGAAGUUAAACGAAGAAUAUCUAUCAAGACGCUUGUUGUGUUAAUAUCCUUGACGGUUGGGUAUCUGUGGCUCGAGUAUAUAUACAAACUUCCCAAAGUUACAUACAAUAAGUACCAUCCUUACACCUCGUGGAUCCCCAUUACUGUGUAUAUAAGCCUGCGGAACGUCACCCAACAUUUCCGUAGUUACACCUUGACCCUUUUUGCAUGGCUGGGAAAAAUCACUUUGGAAACCUACAUCUCUCAGAUUCACAUAUGGCUAAGAUCAGGAGUGCCGGAUGGUCAGCCUAAGCUGCUGUUGUCUCUGAUUUCUGACUACCCAAUGUUGAAUUUCAUGCUUACAACUUCCAUCUAUGUCGCGGUGUCGUACAGGUUCUUUGAACUAACAAAUACUUUGAAGAUUGCAUUUGUGCCGAGUAAAGAUGAUAAGCGCCUCAUGUACAACGUGAUCACAGCAGUAGUGAUAUCAACGGUUGUAUACACCUUAUCGUUUAUACUCCUCAAGUUACCUCAGCUGAUGGGGUGAAUUUGAAGAUGCAUAUUACUAUUAGUGAAGAUUCAUUCAGAUUUUGAAGGGGCAUCUAUUCAGAUAUUGUAUAGGAGGCCAAUAUCCAUCACAUCAAUCAGUGAGAGGUUCUGCAAUCCAAGUGAGGUUUGUCCCAUGAGUAACAAACUUGUGUAUAUGUUUUACUGCAAAAGGUACAAGUCAUUAUAGCCUUUAGAUCCAUGUUUGUACCCAUGACAGGAUAAGGAGUAAGAAGAAAUCACUUUUGUCACAACCAAAAUAUUGGUUUUUGUUUCAAUUCCAUUGGCAUCCAAAAAUAAAAUCUGUUCAAGAUA